UCCUCCUCCUCCUCCUCCUCUUGGCUUGGUUCAGCUUGGCUCGGAUCUCUCUCUUAUUCCGGCGGAGCGCUGGCUCUCUCUUUCCAAGCCGAGGAAGCGGCUCUCCCGGCCGGCUCAGGCGUCCCCGGGGGCGGCGGCAGAAGAGGAGGACGACCACCACGACCACCCCCCUGCUUUGCCCGAAAGCCCCGUGUUUCCAACACAAGACUGAAGCCUAAGCUGAGCGUGGAGAAGCUGCGAGGAAUUAGAUGAGCGGUUUGCACCGGACCUGGCGACCUGGAACAGUGGAAAGAUGGCUUUCCCGGUCUCGGCAUUGUGUUGGGUGGUCCUCGCAGCAGCAGCAGCUCUAGGUUAUGUCCAGAGGCACAGCCAGCAAGAAUCCCACGUCCACUACGCACAGCUGGGGACGGACGUGACGCUACAGUGUGGGUCCGUAGACCCCGAGGCCACGGUCACCUGGACGGCCAACACCACUGACCUGGACGCCUCCCAUCUCAAUGGGUCGCGCCUUGUCCUUCAUAACGUGGACCUGUCCCAGAGCGGCCAGUAUUCCUGCUACGAAGGGACCUCCUGGCAUCUCAAGUAUCGGGUCAACCUCAAAGUUGGGACGCCCCCAAAGGAGCCCGUCUUGAUGUGUCGGUCGAACAACUACCCCAAUGGCUUCUACUGCAGUUGGCACCUGCCCAGCCCAACCUACAUGAAUGACACCUAUGACAUCACCAUCAUCCACGACUCCAAGGAGAUCGCCUGCAAGAAGGACAUCCCCGCCAAGAACCGGUGCUACAUCCAGUACCACCAAGUCUUCUCCUCCAAGAAGUACCGGGUGACUCUGACGGCCACCAACCCCUUGGGCAGCAGCUCCACCACCAUCUCCUUCGACGAGUUCUCAAUAGUAAAGCCGGACCCUCCGGAGAGCGUGGUGGCCAAGCCCAUCGCCCACAACCCCCGGCGCCUGCAAGUGACCUGGCAGUACCCCUCCUCCUGGCCGGACCCCGACUCCUUCCCACUCAAGUUCUUCCUGCGCUACCGCCCUCUCAUCAUUGACCAGUGGCAGCACGUGGAGCUCUCUGACGGGACGUCCCACAUCAUCACGGACGCAUACGCCGGCAAGGAGUACAUCAUCCAAGUGGCGGCCAAGGACAACGAGAUUGGCACCUGGAGUGACUGGAGCGUGGCCGUGCAUGCCACGCCGUGGACCGAGGAACCCAAACACCUGACCACAGAGGCUCAAGGGACAGAGACGACCACGGCCAGCACCUCCGCCUUCAUGGUCGCUCACACCGCCAGGCCCUCCGACCCCGACGAUGCCGGCAACAACGCGUCCGUGGCCCUCUCCUUGGUGGUCAGCCUGGUCCUGGUGCUGUUCAGCAUUCACUUUAUUUAACCCGGCCCCUGAGCCCCACGGAAGGGAGGUCUCCGACUUGCUGGAGCGUCUGUCUUUGCUUCUGUUUUGCACAUGGUCUGAAGGACGCCUCGUGUCCCUCCUCUUCAUCGCUUCACCUCCUCCGAAGAAGGGCCCUCCGCAGCUCAGAGACCACCACCCAGCCCCUUUGUUGCUGCAAAUCCCUGCAAAACGAACUACGGGACCCUUUGGGAAGCCAGCGGGAUGCAGGGAAGGAGGGAAGGGUCUCACCUUUGGGAGCGAAAGGAGGGGAGCGGAGCGGAGGGGAGGGAGCACCAGCCAUCCUGGCCUCGGGUUCGGAUCAUACAGCUAAGCCGCCAUGCCAAAGAGGCUCCCUCCCUUGCCACUCCUGGGCAGAGAAGACAGACCAGAGCAGGUGGGAGCAGACCCUCACCUGCAGAGAAAUCGGAAACCGAGAGGAGACCCGCCUCCUCUUUGGGCAGCUGCGAGAAGGACCAACCUGCCGUACAUCGGGCGAGAAGAAGGAUGGGAAAGCAUCCCGUCCGCCAAAAAGGAAGGGCAUCACGAGACCCCCAGGACUUUGUGUGUGUUUUUCUGUGUCAAGAGCAGAGACAACGGAGGGCGAAGCAGGGUGGGCUUUUAUAAAAAGACACACACACAAAAAAAAAACCAUUUGCCUGAAAUGCUGGCCAUCUCGCCAUCCUCGAAAUUUGGGGAACAACGUUUCCGUUUGUAGCUGCGUCCGUCCCGUUUAUACAAAGAGACACUUCUUCGGUUUGUGUAUGGGUCUUAUUACUGGGGAGUGGGGUGUAUACCUACCUGCGGGGAAUGUAACGACACGGAAGCGUCCCGUCCACCACUACCCCCCCCCCACCCCAUAUUUCUGCCCCUCUCCUUCCUGAAGUCAGACCCCUUUUUGUAAGCCCGCUCCGCCCUCCCCGUUCCCCUUUUCGCAAGCCCCUCGCCCACCCACCCCGGUUCAAAGUGCAGUAUUUAAUACCGUACGUCCUAUUAUUCCAAACAGUCAUAACUAUGUAUUUGAACUUUUUAUAGAUGUAUAUAAAAAAUAUUACAAAAA